AUGUUAUUUUUUUUCUAUAAUUCAAACGUUUGUUUUCCAAUUUCAGGUUGGUUUGAGGUGCUGCCAGAAAACGGACAACCGGUGGAAUAUUUUGAUACAAUAAAUGCAAUCGUUGGAUUACGACCCAAGCAGUUCCUGGUUCGUACCUCAAUUGUAGGAUAUCAGCUCAGCGUCGAAAAUGGCGCAAGCACUUGGGUUCCUUGGGAGAUUCGACCUGGCGAGACCCUCACCACAGGCACUGUACAUAUGGACCAUAAGAAAACGAAAAAGAAAACUUUAUUUAAACGAUUAUUCAGUUCAGGAAAAGGAGGGAAUAAAAAAGAACAGGAAUUAAAAUACCUGCAAUGUUUUGACGGUGAAAACAGAGAAAUUAUGGUGCCGUUGAUAAUGACUGGAGUUUUUAGUCCCGUCGGGGACCAAACAAAUCAAAACUACGACGCAGUGUAUACAUUGCAUGAUCUCAUAAGUGCCUUCAAUCUGCCAAUGAAAGCGCAGCUUAUUCACACAGACGCUCAUGGUUACGAAGGUGUACCUACUGGUGUUCUUCUCUUAGAGCGUCUGUGCGACAAAGAAACGGUGCUCGUUGGAAAACAUCCUUACGUAGAAGGAGAAAGUGAGACUUUUGAAAUUCCACUCAACGAAGAAUUUCACGUGGUAAAAGAACGUAAAAGAAAAUCUAAAAAACCGUCCAUAACUAAUGAAGACAAUUCUUAUAACCUAACUGAAACUUUGCCUAAUGGUCAUGUCGACUUGCCAAUAAGAGUUAAAGACCCUACUAAAAAGUCGAAAGGUAGCACCAUUCUUGAUAAACUGAGCGUUCGAUCAAAGAGUAAAAAGGAACGAGCGAGUAUAAAAGCUUUGGCAGAUGAAGGUAUCUUCUCUUCAAGAUUAAGUAAAAGUGGUGUUAGUUUUGAUGAAUUUUAUAAUGAUACUGAGCCAGACUAUGAUAAUAUUAAAGGUAAAUUUGAAGAAGCCGUCCAUAACACAGGCGCUGAGGAAUCUAUAAAAAGUAAAAGUGAAAUAGAUUUAGAAAAUGGCUAUUCAGUGACAAUGAAGCGCAGUGCAAAUCAGGACAGAGAUUUACCUCCUAUUCCAAAUAAGUCUAAAAGUCCCAAUAAGAAAAGAAGUCCCGAAAAUGAUUACGAAGAAUUGCCUGUAGCUCCUGGUCCUCCGGAUUUUUAUCUCAGCAAAGGAGGAGAUGAAAUCGACGGUCUGGAUGAUGGUUACAUGACACCGGCUAGAUUUAGGGAAUUAAAUGAAAGUUCUUCAACGGGAGAGUUUGAUGUAAUUGUGAAAAGAAAACCACCAACCGCGCCAAGAGAUUCUGUCCGUUAUACACGUGCUAGAAAAGUUAGAAGCGAAUAUUCGUCGCCUCCGUCCAAUUACGACGCGGAUACGGAAAACAUUCAGCAGUACUUUGAUUAUGCACUCGCAGAAGGAAACAAUAUGUCUCCAGCAGAGAAUCCCUAUGAUCGAAGAAGAGCACAACCGAAUAACCAGCAACAGGUGUUAAGAAGUCUGUCUCAAGAGGAAGGUAGACGGUUUAGUGACGAUACUGCAAUAGAUACUAGAACGUUAACUGGGUUUGCUAAAUUAAAGUCUCGGUCUCAGAAAAGUCUUAAUUUUGAAAGCAAUGCAACUGUUCGCAGCCAUAAUGUGCGUAGAAUGAGAGCUGCACAGGAUGUUUUUAACUUUUCGGAUUCACUAAGGGAUUUACGGCAACCAUUUCAAAAUGGCAGCGACGGGGCCGUAGAACCUACCUACGGUCGCGUUGUCGAUAACGAACGGAUAAAAUCAUACGUUUAUGGAGAACAAAGUCCAUAUGGACGGCUUGGGGGUCAUCAUUAUGUUGAAAGCGAGCCGGCCAUGCGACGAUACCAUCGCUCGUCGUCAAAUGCCGCAUUGAGUGAUUCGUACCCAAAACACGGUGACGAUUCGGCGAUCUCGAUGUGUUCUAGGGGCGAAUAUGGUCUCAUGAUGCCGGACAGUGAAUACAGUUAUUCGGAAUACUCGGAAUGGCAAGACGAUGGUUGGAUUCCUCCAGAUGAUAUUUCUAACUUAUCUGUACUUGAAGUCUCUAAGUCUUUAAGAUAUAUUGGUAUGAAAGACAGGGUUGUGAUACGCUUUGCCAGAGAACAAAUUGACGGUAACAUGUUAAGUAGUUUGGACGUUAAACUGUUACGUGAAGGUUUUCCGGAGCUAAAUUCAUUAGAUAUCAAAAAAGUUUUAGAUUUCGUUGGUGGAUGGAGACCUAAGAAAUAAAGCAGACAACUACUUCACAGUUUCGUUUUAAUGAGCUAUAUUUAUUUAUUACCCGUUGUUUUUCUUUCACACUUUCUGUAUAUAUAGGUGACGAAUAGGUUUCUCGAGUAUUUCAUGCUUAUUGAUCAUUCUAUGCUUGUUUUAUAGAUGAAACACAAUAAUUUUAUUUUAUCCUGUAUUGUUAUAUUGCAAUAGAAGUGACUGCACGUUACUGAUUAAAUCAUUUUACCAUCUUUUUUUUUUGAAGUAUUGUAUAUGAAUUUAAAGUUGGUUUGCUCUUUUUCAUUAUUACGAUAUUGGCAGAUAUUGUUUUUAAUGAAACAAUAUUAUCGAGUUUUCACUGUAUUAAAACCAUUGAGAUAGAAAGAUAAAUCAUUUGUUUACAUGUAAGAUAUAUCUAUAUAGAAAAUUAUCACCAGCACAAUAUACCAAACGACUCACGACAAAGCGCCUGACCGUAUAAACGAGCGUGCACAUUCCACAACAAGUCCACUAACCUUAUAAGAUUAGUUUCGAUGCUGCUUUAUAUACACACCCGAAUUGUACUGUACUACAUACUCAAAUCUCCGUUAUCAUGUCUUACAAAUCAGCUGUGAUAUUUCAGACGUAUAUGUAUUCGUAACCAGAUCUUAUUUUUUUAGGUCACCUCUCACUGUGAGCUUUUGUGAUCGCCCUUCGUCCAUCGUCUGUCGUCCGUCCGUAAUUUUUUUGUGAACACGAUAGAGACCACAUUUUGCAAUUGAUUUUAAUUAAACUUAAACAAAACAUAUACUGGCAUAAUAGCUCGGUUCCUUUCGAAAACUGACCAGAUCCCAUCAUGGGUUCCAGAGUUAUGGCCCCUUAAAUUUUCUAAUUUGGCCCUUUCAGACAUACAGAGGUUUCAUUUAUGCUUUGGUUUGACACAAACUUGCAUAGAAUUUUUAUCUUGAUAAUCUCUAGACUAAGUUCGAAACUGGGCCAUAUGAGGUCAAAAACAAGGUGAUCCCAUGAUCCCAUGUUCAUGAAACUUCGUCAGAAUGUUUAUUUUGAAGAUUCCUAGGCCAAGUUUGAAACUGGGUCAUGUGAGUUCCAAAACUAUGUCACCCGCUCAAAUCAAAGAAAAGUUUGUUAGCACUCUACAGGCCAUAUCUAUAACCCUGUCUUCAUGAAACGUGGUAAGAAUGUUUACCUUGAUUGUUCCUAGACCAGGUUCGAAACUGGGUCAUGUGGGGUAAACUCAAAUCAAAGGAAACGCUUAACACUGUAGAGGCCAAAUUUAUGACCCUAUCUUCUUGAAACUUUCUCAGAAUGUUUAUCUUGAUGAUUUCAAGGCCACGUUUGGAUGAUGUGGACACUCUAGAGGCCACACUUAAGACCCUAUCUUCAUGAAGCUUUCGCAGAAUGUUUAUUUUGAUGAUCCCUAGGCUAAGUUUGAAUCUUGGUCAUGUGGAGUCAAAAACUAGGUCACCUGCUCAAAUCAAAGGAAACGCUUGUUAACACUGUAGAGGCCACAUUUAUGACCCUAUCUUCACCAAGUUUAUUGAACUCAUGACCCCUGGGUUCACAUAGACAUACGUAGUAGUAAAUUUAAAAUCUUCUGGAACCACAUGAUACAGACUUUACAUAUAUUGCAUGUAGCGUAUUUAACAGGUGAGCGAUAAAAAGUCAUCAUGACCCUCUUGUUUCAUUUUUGAUUAAAACGUUCAAGAAAACAUUGAAUGUAGUGUUUGCAAGGUGAACAAACAAUUUUAUUUUACUCCCUUUUUGUAAUUAAAAGGUUGUUCGGUUCUGGAUACAUGCUGUAGUACUACGAAAACCACGGUACUCAGUGGGAAAAUAUGCUAGCCGGUUUCAGUCGUGCAUUUCUCGCCUAAAACAUGCAGCUCGGCAAAUGAAUGUUUUGUAUAUUGAACAACUGGUAAUUCAUCUCCCUUCCAUCGUGCAGUCACAGUUUUUUUUCGAUAUUUAUAUUGCAGAUUCGUUCUGGCGAAGGGAAAUAACUACAAACUUCGAAUAAUUGGUUUUGUAUAAGAUACUGUCCCCUCGCCGUAUACUGCCCUAUUACGGGUCAUAUAUGUCCUUGUCUAUAAUGUGGAUGCCUGAUUUUUGUUACGAACAUAAAAUAUACUAAUUUCUUGUCAAAUCCUACUUUUGAUAAUUGUUUUUUCAUAUAUUUAUAAGGUUUGAAUGUUGAUAAAUAAAGUACUGUUGAAUACA